UCAAAGCUGAAGACAAAAGGGCUGAAGAUGAAUGAGGAUAUAUAUGCAAAUUCAGGAAUUACAACAGACAACACAUCAACUCAUUCAGACGACAGCAACAAUUAUGAGGACAUCUACGACAAUGAAGAUGUCCCUGAGAUUAGUGUGACCAGACACCAUAAAGGAACUAUGACAUCAGGAAUGGACACUUCAGGAAGCAGAUGCUACAGACUGGCUACAGUGUGUCUGGGGCUGCUGUGUGUUCUCCUACUGACAGCCAUCACAGUGCUGUGGGUCAAGCUCACCGCAGAAAGAGACCCUUUACAGACCAGGUACAACAAACUUACUACAGAGAGAGACCAGUUACAGACCAUUUGCAACAACCUGACUGCAGAGACAGAAAAGCUACAGAUGAGAUGUAGCAACCUGACGAAAGAGAGAGAUGAGCUUCUGCAGAGAUUUUCAGAUUUGGGUUGGAUUUACUUGAACUCUAGUCUUUACUACAUCUCUACUGAGAAGAAGAACUGGAUUGAGAGCAGACAGGACUGCAGAGAGAGAGGAGCAGACCUGGUAAUCAUAAAGAGCAGAGAAAAACAGGAGUUUAUUGCAUCCAUACUGGGCCACACAGAGGCUUGGAUUGGUCUGACUGACAGUGAGACAGAGGAGGUCUGGAAAUGGGUGGAUGGCUCAGGUCUGACCACUGGGUUCUGGAAUACGGGGGAGCCAAAUAAUGGAGGUGAUGAAGACUGCGCACAGUUUUUGGGUUAUCCAGAUAAGAGGAGCUGGAACGACAGGAGAUGUUCUGUUUCUUCACAGUGGAUCUGUGAGAAACGUUUUUUUGAGUGACAGGUACAUGGAGCAGAGGGCAAGAAGGAAGCAAAUUCAUGCAACAUUAUGCCCAUGUCAUCUGUCUGAUCUCUUGCUUUCUAAUUUAAUACUAACAUUUUAUUUAUCUUUGACGUGCAGUUUUGUAUGAGUAAUUAGGUGUCUUUGUGAGUUUGACUGCCCUCUGUUGGCAAAGACAAAAUGCUGCAGGACACUGUGUUACGUCAUUAAAAGACCUAAAUCCUA